AUUCAUUCACUGGGGUUAGGGUUCUUCUCAGUUCAACUAGAAGAUCGGAAUUAACCUGAAGCAGUCAUUAAUAGUUAAUGGGAAAAUCGAGCUUUCGACGUUUUUGAAAUCUUGAGGAGUGUAGUGCUUUUCUUCUUGUAUUCCCAGCAACAGCAACGAUGUCUACCCUCGAAAUCGAAGCUCGAGAUGUGAUUAAGAUUGUACUUCAGUUUUGCAAAGAAAACUCGCUACACCAAACUUUUCAGACAUUACAGAAUGAAUGCCAAGUUUCUUUGAAUACAGUUGAUAGUCUUGAAACAUUUGUUGCCGACAUCAACAGUGGAAGGUGGGAUGCAAUAUUGCCUCAAGUGGCACAACUUAAGCUUCCUAGGAAGAAGCUGGAGGACUUGUAUGAGCAGAUUGUUUUGGAAAUGAUUGAGCUUCGGGAAUUGGAUACUGCUCGUGCUAUAUUGAGACAGACUCAGGCAAUGGGUGUAAUGAAACAGGAGCAACCUGAAAGAUAUUUGAGACUUGAGCAUCUCCUAGUUCGUACAUAUUUUGAUCCACAUGAGGCUUAUCAAGAUUCAACCAAGGAGAAGCGCCGUGCUCAAAUUGCUCAAGCUCUUGCUGCUGAAGUUACUGUUGUGCCUCCUUCACGAUUAAUGGCUCUGAUCGGUCAGGCUCUCAAGUGGCAGCAGCACCAAGGUCUGCUGCCCCCAGGAACACAGUUUGACUUGUUUCGAGGAACAGCUGCAAUGAAACAAGAUGAAGAUGAUAUGUACCCAACAACUCUUGGGCACACUAUAAAGUUUGGAAAGAAAAGUCAUCCAGAGUGUGCUCGUUUCUCUCCAGAUGGUCAAUUUCUUGUUUCUUGUUCAGUUGAUGGAUUUAUUGAGGUUUGGGACCCCAUUAGUGGGAAGCUCAAGAAGGAUCUUCAAUACCAGGCUGAUGAUUCUUUUAUGAUGCACGAUGAAGCUGUUCUUUGUGUUGACUUUAGUAGGGAUUCAGAAAUGCUUGCAUCUGGAUCACAAGAUGGAAAGAUAAGGGUUUGGCGUUUAAGGACCGGUCAAUGCUUGCGCCGUCUAGAACGUGCACGUUCUCAGGGUGUAACAAGUCUUGUCUUUUCUCGAGAUGGAAGCCAGCUAUUAAGUGCUUCCUUUGAUAGUACUGCAAGGAUUCAUGGCCUCAAGUCUGGGAAGUUGUUGAAAGAAUUUCGAGGUCACAAUUCUUAUGUGAAUGAUGCGAUUUUUACAAGCGAUGGAAGUCGUGUUAUUACUGCCUCCAGUGAUUGCACAGUCAAGGUAUGGGACGUGAAGACCACAGACUGUUUACAGACAUUCAAACCACCACCUCCUUUACGGGGAGGUGAUGCAUCUGUGAAUUCUGUUCAUCUUUUCCCAAAACAGACAGAUCUCAUAAUAGUCUGUAACAAGACAUCUUCAAUAUACCUCAUGACACUUCAGGGGCAGGUUGUGAAGAGCUUCUCAUCUGGUAAGCGAGAAGGUGGAGAUUUUGUUGCAGCCUGUUUAUCACCAAAAGGGGAAUGGAUUUAUUGUGUGGGUGAGGACAGGAAUAUGUAUUGCUUCAGCCAUCAAUCUGGUAAACUGGAACAUCUAAUGAAGGUACAUGAAAAGGAUGUGAUCGGUGUCUCUCAUCAUCCUCACCGGAAUGCCGUUGUUACAUACAGUGAAGAAUGCACGAUGAAGAUAUGGAAACCAUGAAUCUUCUCUGCUUAUUCUCUGCUUACCAUUUCUUAGUAGUGAUUCUGUUAAAACAGGUUCAGUGCUUUGUACUUCUACCCGUCAUUAGUAUUCAACUUAUUUUCCCCUUUGUGAAUUGAGCCAUCUGUUACUUAGUAAACUUGUAUCAUUUGAUGUACCCUAAUUGGCAGGCCAGUGAUCCAUGCUCUUCAAUUUUGCAGGGAGGGGAUUUCAUUUUC